AUGUCAGCCUGCAGCCCCGGGCCCCUGCUGUGCAUGGGACAGGGAGUGGGCCCUCUCUCACACAUGUCCAGAGGAGGGAGACAGGAGGAGGCAAGGGAUCACAGACUGCUGAUGCUGCUCAACCAUUGCCCCCGUCCCUCACCCCCUCCCCAGCUGGCCACGUUCCCCCCAGGCAUGGCAGAUUUACUCGGGUCGGUUCGGAUGGGCCGCGACGAGGGUGGUGGUGGUGGCGUUCCCAUGGCUGCGGUGGCUGGUGUCAUGAUGAUGGAUGGGGCAGGGACGCACCCCCAGCCGCUCCUGGCCCGGGCCGAUGCAUCGCUGCGGGACAACUUCAAAUGCACCUCUCCGCUGCCACCCUGA